GUCAAUCAUACGAUAAUGGUGCCAACAUGAAGGGGAGGAACAGAGGGGUUCAAGCAAGGCUGCUCCAGAAAAAUCCACGUGCACUUUAUGUUCCAUGUGUGUCACAUUCAUUGAACUUGGUGGUGGCUGAUGCAGCAAAAGCGUCGACAGAUGCCAUCAGCUACUUUGGUAAUGUACAGAAACUGUACACCCUUUUCUCAGCAGCCCCACAAAGAUGGGCAAUCCUAAAGGAACAUCUGACUAUUGCACUUAAGUCUUGGAGUGACACACGGUGGGAGAGCCGUGUCAACAGCAUAGAGGCAGUGCGGUACCAGGCCCCUAACAUAAGGGAGGCAUUGUUGGAGGUCAGGGACAAAGUGACAGAUCCCCUGACCAAGGUUGAAGCACAGAGUUUGGCAGAAGAGGUUGGGUCAUACCGCUUCCUCAUUUGCACAGUGGUAUGGUAUGACAUUCUUCACCAUGUGAACCAUGUUAGCAAGCUCCUGCAGUCUGCCACAAUGCAGCUUGAUGUGGCAGUUGACCUCCUUACAAAGGCAAACAUGUCUCUGACUAGUUAUAGAGACACUGGCUUUGCUGCAGCUCAGGCCACUGCUAAAGACAUGUGUGAGGAAAUGAAUGUGGAGGCUGUGUUGAAAGAGAAGAGAAUGAGAAGCACAAAAAAACACUUUGCCUAUGAAGCCCCAGACGAGCCUAUUGCAGAUGCCAUGAAGAGGCUAGAAACGACAUUCUUCAAUGUAGUUGUUGACACGACUAUUGAAUCCUUAAAGGAUAGAUUUGAAACUCUGGGUGAAGUGAGAGCCAGAUUUGGAGUGCUGCUCAACUUCAAAAAACUGGAUGGUGUGGAAUUGUGCAACCAGUGUGACAAGCUCUGCAGCACAUUAAGCACUGGAGAUGGAGGUGACAUUAAUGGAAAGGAGCUGGCUCUGGAAAUUACCAAUCUGCCAAGCCUGCCUACAUGUGAAAUGACUGCACUGGAGCUCCUCUCUUUCAUCCACAAAAAAAACCCUGAAUGAACUGUAUCCCAAUCUGUGGAUUGCCCUGCGAAUCGCCUGCACUCUUCCUGUGACUGUGGCCUCAGCAGAGAGGAGCUUCUCAAAGCUGAAGCUCAUCAAAACCUACCUGAGGUCAUGCAUGGGACAGGAUCGCCUCACUGGUCUUGCCAUAAUCAGCAUCAACCAUGAGAUUGGCAAGCAGCUGUCAUAUGAUGACAUUAUUGAUGACUUUGCUUCUAAAAAAGCAAGGAAGCAGAAGUUUUGAGGAGGAGGAAAAAUGUAAAGUAAACAUUUUUGAGAAAA